CCGGAGGAGUUGACCGGCUGGUUCUCCCUCUCCGCCCGGAGGAGGAGGAAGAGGAGGAAGAAGAGGCUUCGGCUGCCGCCUCUCCGAUCCUCCCUCCCCCCCCUUCCCCUUCCGCCCCACACCUUUAUGGACGAGCGCCGGAGCUUGCUCUACUCUCCCGCUGCCUCCUGCGCCGGUCGGCACCCGCGGGGCGGCUCGAGCAGCAGCCACCACAACCUGGGCUACACCGAGCCCCCCGCCGCCCCCCAGCCCGGCCCCGAGCAGGAGGAGGAGGAGGGCGAAGAAGGGGAGGAAGGCAGCAUGACCGUGGUGGAAGGCGGCGGAGGAGACCCUUUGCUGGAAGAACCGCAGCCUCCUCCCGCGCUGCUCGGGGGGGAGCGCUACGAGCAGCCCCCGGCCCCGGCCCCGCCCGCCGGGCAGCCCGCGGGCGGUGGGGAGCACGAGUGCUGCGAGCGGGUGGUGAUCAACAUCUCGGGGCUGCGGUUUGAGACCCAGCUGAAGACGCUGGCACAGUUCCCCGAGACGCUGCUGGGGGACCCACGGAAGAGGAUGCGCUACUUCGACCCCCUGCGCAACGAGUAUUUCUUCGACCGUAACCGCCCCAGCUUUGAUGCCAUCCUCUACUACUACCAGUCGGGCGGGCGCAUCCGGCGGCCCGUCAACGUCCCCAUCGACAUCUUCUCCGAGGAGAUCCGCUUCUACCAGCUCGGGGAGGAGGCCAUGGAGAAGUUCCGGGAGGACGAGGGUUUCAUUCGGGAGGAGCAGCGGCCGCUUCCCGACAAGGAGUUUCAGCGCCAAGUGUGGCUCCUCUUCGAGUACCCUGAGAGCUCUGGGCCGGCCCGAGGCAUCGCCAUCGUCUCUGUCCUGGUCAUCCUUAUCUCUAUUGUCAUCUUCUGUCUGGAGACCCUGCCUGAAUUCAGGGAUGACCACGACUAUGAGGGAACUGGGGGGACCUUUGGGACGGGCGGUGGCCCACUCCCACCUGAAGUCUUCACCAACUCCUCGUCCUCGGCUGCUUCCAUGGUGUCAUCCUUCACUGACCCUUUCUUUGUGGUGGAGACUUUGUGCAUCAUCUGGUUCUCCUUCGAGCUGCUGGUCCGUUUCUUUGCCUGCCCCAGCAAGGCCACCUUCUCCAAGAACAUCAUGAACAUCAUUGACAUUGUGGCCAUCAUUCCCUACUUCAUCACUCUGGGCACUGAGCUGGCAGAGAGGCAAGGCAAUGGCCAGCAAGCCAUGUCCUUGGCCAUCCUCAGAGUCAUCCGCUUGGUUCGGGUUUUCCGCAUCUUCAAGCUCUCCCGGCACUCCAAGGGGCUGCAGAUCCUGGGGCAGACCCUCAAGGCCAGCAUGCGGGAGCUGGGCCUGCUCAUCUUCUUCCUCUUCAUCGGCGUCAUCCUCUUCUCCAGCGCCGUUUACUUUGCCGAGGCCGAUGACCCCAGUUCGGGUUUCAGUAGCAUCCCCGAUGCCUUCUGGUGGGCCGUGGUGACCAUGACCACGGUGGGCUACGGGGACAUGCAUCCCAUCACUAUUGGGGGCAAGAUCGUGGGCUCUCUCUGUGCCAUUGCGGGGGUGCUGACCAUCGCCCUCCCCGUGCCUGUGAUAGUCUCCAAUUUCAAUUAUUUCUACCAUCGGGAGACAGAAGGUGAGGAACAAGCCCAGUACAUGCACGUUGGGAGCUGCCAGCACCUCUCGUCCAGCGAGGAGAUGAAGAAGGCUCGCAGCAAUUCCACCCUCAGCAAGUCCGAAUACAUGGUCAUAGAGGAAGGGGGGAUCAACCACAGUGCAUUCAAACAGGCUGCCUUCAAAGCAGGCAACUGCACAACCACAAACAAUCCCAACUGUGUGAACAUCAAAAAGAUCUUCACGGAUGUUUAAAAAAAAAAAAAUCCCAAACCAAACAAACAGCAACAAAAACCUGAGGAUGCGGUGAAAUGAUACCAAUAAUAAUAAUAACAAUAAUAAUGCAAAGUGACUGUAUGUCGGUGUUGUGUGGAACAUGCACCAUCGUCGGUCUGUGUGUGCCCUCGUUUUGAUAUGGGUUUUUUUUUAGAUCCUUCCUUUCUAAAGAUCCAAAAAUAAAAGGAUUUAAAAUUCUCCAAAGAAGAGGACGGCUAAAGGGUAACAAGACAAGGAAGAUGAAGACAAACCACACUCACUGUCGAAACAGAUGUUCUGCAACGUGUUGCAGGGCAGCUUUGCUUUGUGGGGUUUCGGGGAUCCUCUCGCUUUGCUCCUGAAUUUCCUCCCCCUUUCCCUGAAGGCAGCGUGGAGCCGAUUUCCCUGCCGUCACAUAAGCUCAGUUGUUGGAUUAACAACCCCGGGCUGGGUGGGGGAAUGAGGAAAACAUGUAGCCCAGAGUACUGGGAGGGGGUUGGGAGGAAAUAACCGUUUAAUUUUGCAGAGAGUCUCUGUUACCACGUCGUUAAACAAUGCUUUAUAUUGAAUCCUGUGAUGUGCCAUUACGGGCACAUCACAGAUUCCAUUUGUUUUUUUCCCAUUAGACUGUUGAUGAAAUUCUAAUCUGGUCAGAGACGGAGUGCAAUCAAUGCUGAUUUAAAUAGAAAAAAACCCCAACCCAGAGCCCUUGUUUUUCGUUCUUAGUUCCCUUCCCGUGUAACCUGAUGGAAUUAUUCCAUCCAAUUUGAUCUGUGCAGAGGGGCUGUGUGUGGGGAGGAGGGAAGGGAAAGGCACAAUGCAAUGGUUUCAGGAGCCGAGAGAGAUGCCAGUGAGGACCAGGGGAUGCAGGAUCAUCUCUGGGCAGCCUCCAAACCCACCCAGCCAGAGACAAAGGGACGUUUCCUCCUUUUUUUGCAACGCUUUUGGGAGAGAUGCAGCCUCUUAUCGCAAGAAGAUUAAAGCGGUGAACACGCCUUCCAGCGGAAGUCACUGAUUCCAACCAGGAGUGAUGCAGUUGCCAUGGCGACCCUGGUUUCCUGGGAAACCCCAAAAGGUUGUCAUGGCAUCCCUGCUCCCAUCCCCCUUGGUCCUUGCUCUUCCUGCAAAAAACCUUUUUCCAGAUGGUUCCAGCCCUGCCAUCCCGCAGGACAUCGUGGCUUCACACCCCCUUCCUGGGCCACGUCCCCUGUGCCCAAUAAGGCCCCCCCAGGCAAUAAACACCUCCAAACCCACCUGUCCCUUGCUGAGGAGCAAUUUUGGCAGGGAAAUUUGGGGAUGGAGGUUCAUCCUGCUCCACCACGAAUGACUCCAAACCCAGUGGGAAACGGUCCUGAGCGGGAAGCUCGGCUGGGAAACCUCAGCAGCUUUGGGAGACAAGGGGGACAGGAGAGAGCAGGACUGAAAAAUAACCAAAAACCCCACCAGGGAAAACUCACCACCUUCAUCUUCACGUGUGCACCAGGGGCCACGGGACAUCUGAAGGGAUCAGAUAACAGAAGACAUUUCAAAAUUACGACCUCCAGGACUGUGUUGAGAAAUAAAACAGCUCCAAGGAAAAGUCAAACAUCCUGGACAUGGUGACCAACGCUGCUGUGGACCAGACUGUCCUCCCCAGUUAAACCCAGUUCAUAUUCCAUAAAUACAUGAAUACCUAUGGAAUAUUUGCCAUCUUAUCCGUGUUUUCUAACAAGUGCUUCAUGUGGAAGGAAACGUCUCUGCAGCCAGAAGAUUGUCUCCAACUCAUGUGCAAUAUAACCAGACUGAGCAAAACCAGGGAAAAAGGAGGAGGGGAGGUGGAAAUUUGGACAUUAUUUCAGUCUGGUUUUAUUAUUAUUUUUUAAAAAAAAUCUCUUGAAAGUUUAAGCAAACAGAAAGGAAACAUUAAGCAGAGCUGCUAAAGCUCAGUCGAAGUGUUUUGCUCGGAGUGGGAGGGAGAGAGGGAAUCCAGUUGCUCUCACUGUUCCCUGCUGAAGGCCACGGGCUGCUCUCAGCUCUUUCUGAAUAAUUUCUGUUCCAUUUUUCUCCCUUUCCUGUAAAUGCCCUUUAUAAGUAGUUCUGUGCUGUACCAAAGGCUGUGAUUUACUUCAAGUCCUUCUUAAGAAAGUAAUGUCUCCAGCAAUGCUGAGGAAAAUUAUGUUGAACAGUCAACAAGUUGUGCCUUGCUUUCAGGAUCACUCCAUGAAAAACUAAGGAAAAAUCAAAUUUCCAGAGGUGGAAAAGGUAUAAAAACAUGAAUCCUGGCUGAUCAUGCUCAUGCUUUGUUUCAUGAGAGCCUGGGUGCCCUUUUCUGCUCUUCCACAGGGAAUAUUAUAGUAUUCCCUCACUUGGGAAGUCCAUUCCUCCUUUGCCCAUUGCUGUUUCGUUUUGCACACUGAGGUUUUGGGUGGCAGGUUUAGAGCUGUGGGUUGCCCGUGCUGGGCAGGGAAGCUGUUAAACCUGGGGUUUCUCUGACCUCACUGCAUUUCUUAGAACUGCACGGAUCAAUGUUAUCCUGGUGCAGCAGGAUAAGUGGUCUGCAAAGGGAUAAAUCAUCUGCAAAGGGAUAAAUGGAAACAGUUGAUGUCCCUCCUGCUUCUGGCUCCCCCCCACUCCCUCUCCAGCUUUAUCCCACCUCCUGAUGCUGCCUCUUCCAUCUUGGAGACUCAAAUCUGCCCAGCACAUACUCAGUCAGAGGAGCAAGGAAAUACUUGGAAGAGUGUUGGAUUUAAGGGUGAAAAUAAUGUUGGUGGGACUCAGAUGAGCACAGGAACCUCUGUGUCUGCAGUGCUGUAAUUCCCUGGAAAUGGUUUGGGAAAUGUUAGUUUGGACUGGAUGGAACCAAGGGAGUUGGAGCUUCCUCUGAAGAAGGGAAUGCUCAAGGGGAGGUAACAGGAGACAGAAUUAUGUCUGUGGAGCAGACUCUUGAGUUCAGGCUGAUGUGUCCAAGGACAAGCCGUGAGGUUUCUACCAGGUACCUGGAAGGUUCAACAAGCACCACUCUGCCUGGAGGCAGCACCAAAACCUGAAUCCUGCCCCCAGCAGAGCUAUUUACCUGCAUUUCACACCAAAUUCCAGGCAGGGGAUGAGGAACAGGAGGCACCUGUGACAUGCUUUGAGGCACAACCUGAGUGGGGAUGCACUUAAAAACAAACACCCUAACUGGAAGAAAGGCUCUGAAAUGGGAAACCUUUGGAAUAUUCAUGGCAAAGCAAACCUACUGUCUUCCUCACGUGUCUCCUCUCCUUGCAGAAGAGCUUUGAAGACAAACAGGAUCCAAGCAGGUUCAGGCUGGGAUUGCUCUGGACUUGCAGAAGAAGUCACCUUCCUUUUUGGCUGGCUGAGCCCCACAUGCAAACUCCAGUUGAAAUUCAGGUUGAGAAAUUCUCCUAAGGUUGAGAAAUGAUGUAGUUCUUAAAAGGAAUGCAUCAACUUUGGCGAAGCUGCAUUUAUUUUGUUUGUUUUUCUAAUCACAGAUAAUUCCUUGGCUUGAACUCCUGCUCCUGUCAUGGCAUCGUUGGUGGUGGAGACCUUGUUCGUGGGAGAAGGGCUGGGGGGCCCAAAACCAGGAGCCUCUGGGGGCUACAGGGUGAGCAGAAUGGGCUGAAAUGGCAAGAAAAGAAAGAAAAAGUGAUAAACCCAGCAGUUUUAGUCAAUGUAAUGAGUUGGGGAAUGAAGAGCAGAUAUAGAUCUGGCUCUCAGUGGGACAUUGCUCCUCUUGCUCUUCCCAGCAUGGUACAAACCUGGUGGCCCUGGGGCUGAAUGAAUGAGAGAGGGCUGGUGCUGCUGGCACUGGGAUUUAUUGUGGGUGGGUUGGGGAGCAGGAACGCUGUAGGAGCCCAUGGAGCAGGUCCCUGAGCUGGGCUGGGGAACAGAAAUACUGGAAGGGCCCAUGGAGCGGGUCCUUGAGCUGGGCUGGAGAGCAGGAAUGCUGUAAGAGCCCAUGGAGCAGGUCCUUGAGCCCAGGGAGAUGAGCUGGGGGUGCCAAGGUUCCACGGGGAUGCCAGAGAAUCCCAGAGGUGAAACAACCCCCGGUGGGAAAUGAAUCUGCCUGCACAAAUCAGAGCUGAUUAGAGCAGUGGCUCUCAUUAACUCCAGUUUGGCCCUGCCCUGCCCUGCCCUGAGGGGUGAUGGGGAGAGGGAGCUUCUCCAUGGGAUCCUCCAGCAAAUUUCCAUGCUGGCAAUUCCCCGUGGAUCUGGAAGGGCCUGCGAGUGGAUUGCAAAGCUUUCCAAACCUCCCUCCCAAGCAUCCCUCCCUGUCACUGCAGAGAAAAACUGUCCACCCAGCUUCCUGCAUCCCUCCAGCACCAAAAUUAAUUAAUGCUCAGACCAUAAAAACUCUGAGACCUAAAAAAACCCCUUAAAGAAAGACCAGGAAAAGUGCCCAAUGUUUGGAGGGUGAGGGCUGAGCCUGUUUCCAUCACUGGGAAUCCCAAAUAACCACAGAUCUCCCUCCCCAGUUGCCACAGAGGGAGCUGCUGGCAGCUGGGGCAGGUGGGAGCUGGGCGUUUCUGGGACAUGUCACCUCCAAAACUCCUAAGGAGCUGCAAAACAUAUUUGUCUGCAGCCUCCCUGCAGCGUGAUGGGUUUGUAGUGAGAUCUUGACCUGCAAAGGAGACUGAACAAAAGCUUCUGCAACUCUGAAAUCAUGAGAGACUGGUCCAAAACCCACUUUUCUACCACGCUGAUGGGUUUGGGCUGCAAACAGCCAAAGCCCCCAUAGAGGGGGCUUUGCCCACGGAGAUAAUGACAUAUUAACAGGGGGAGAUUGAUUUUCUGGAUUGCAACACAGACCUGGAUCUUGGGAAGCCCUGGUCCCAAAGGUGUUAUAUUUAGUUUCUUUUGGAACAUGAUCUAGUAGCCCUUAAAAUGGGGGAUAGAAUGUAUCGGUACUAAAGUUAUUUUUAUUUUUGAGCUUUUUUAUGGGGGGGUGUGUGUGUCUGUAACAUGAUUAUACCUCGUCUGUUUUCAACAGCCACUUGUUUAAGUGUCUCUGUUAUGGCUCAAAAACGUAUUUUGAUGAUUGAAGGUGUGGGAAAAACCAGAUCCCUUCACACAGUUGGGUUGGUGCGUCCCAACCACCUCACAGACAUCUUACACCAGUGACAAUCUUGCCAAAUUCCAACCUUUUCUCCGUGUUGUACAUACGGGUGUUGACGUCGCUCCAUCCCAUCGGGUUCCUUUUGCUUGAGCCAGCUGGUUGUUGAUGUGCUUUUUUCACAAUUACUGAGAGUUUGAUAGCCUUUAACUGUCAGUCCAGUGUAUUAAUGUGUGUUGCCACCACUCUGACUCCAGCCUCGUGCAUCCCAAAGAUAACCAUCGUAGCAGGGCAGCCGCGUGGAAACGUCGCUGGGAGCGGAGGGCUGGAUUUGGCAGGGGAAGGCAAAUUAAAAAUGUAUCCAGCCGAUUAAAAAAAACAAAAAAAGGAGCGAUUUAAUGAUGGCUGACAUCAAGAGAAGAUCCAAAAAAUAGCGUGCUUUGAUUCCCAUAAUCAUCCGAAGGCAGGCAGCUCAUCUUUAUUCAUAGUCCUUCAAAGCCCUGCUCCCAGACGCUGUGAGAGCAUCUCGGAGCUGUCGUGCCUUGGACGUGCUCUUUAGACUCUGAACAGGCAGAUAUUUCUCCUCUGUGCCCAACACAGCGAAAGGCUGAGCACCAACCCUUUCCCCAUUUAAUUUUAGAGCUCUGCUGUUGGCUCCAUCCUGCUGGAGAGGCAGGAAAAGCUGAUCUGGGGAGCGGGGCUGGUGUAGGGUCAUGAAAAGCAGCUUGUUUUUAAUGCCUUGUUUUAAGCUGUUUUAAGAAGGCAGCAAAAUUAGAAAGGGAAAGAUCUGAGUGUUUAAGGGCACUAAGGAAGGCUCUGGGGCCAUAGCACAGGGAUGGGGCUUAGAGGAGUGGCUGGAACAGGCUGUCAGAGGCAACGAGGAAAUAAUUGUGAGGCUGCUUUGCCCUGAUGGAUCUGGGGGGAAAAGUCAGGAUUUGGUGAGGCCCUGGCACAGGUUGCACCGAGAAGCUGUGGCUGCCACAUCCCUGGAAGUGUUCAAGGCCAAACUGGAUGGAUCUUGAAGCAACCUGGUCUAAUGGAAAAUGUCCCUGCCCAUGGCAGAGGGUAGAACAAGGUGGGAUUUAAGGCCCCUUCCAACACAAAACUAGUCUGGGAUUCUAUUAAGUUAUGAUUCUGUGGUUCCUGCAGUCCCAUCCCAGACUCCAGCCUCUUUCCACAGGUGCUGCAACCCCCCCCCACCCCAGGACUGACAUCUCAGAAAACAGCCCUAGACCACGUUGGAAGUUUCAUUCCCACACACACUUGGGUGUUUUCUGAGACAGGUGUUCAAAUGCUGUCAUUGCUACUGAAUCCUUUUAAAAUUAAGGGAUUUCUGAGAUACAGUGCUCCUCACUCUCCUGCUUUUCUUUUCAUUGCUCAGAGUCAGCUGGAAGGCACAGAGUCAUCCCUCAACGUGAGGUUAAAGUCCUGUAGCAGCCCUGGUUGAAUUAAAUUACACAUUUCUAAUCCCAGUAUUUUCAUCCACCAGCCUCUGAUACAGGUAUAUUAUGCUUCUUUUUCCCAUUUUUUCUGCUUUCUCCAAGAUUACAUCAUCAGGUUUUAAAGGGAAUGGCCUGAGAUACCUCUGACCCUGCCUGGUGUUGUCCAUAACACAUCAGCUCUGACCAUUGCAAGGCCGGGCACUGAUGCUGGUUUUAAGUCCAUUUAAGUCCCUCCUGUUCCAGAGGAUGAUUUUGGAGCAGGACAAUUUACCUGGCAAUGCUCAAGUCAUUGAUAGAGCUGGAAUUGUGAGUCAAGUGGUAUUAAGGGGAAAUGGAGUCAGGAAGGGCCUGAGAUACAAUAUGGUUUUAAUACAAGAUGAUGUGUUUGCUGCCACGUUCCUUAGGCUGCUGUUGAUGUGCUGGAAUUGGACUUCGUUGUCCAAAUUGCUCAGGUUUUGCAGGAAAAUCCCCCUCUCUGCUGAGAGUCAGGUCUUCUCAUGUUGCAAUUUAGAAUUUUUCAAGAGAACAGGCUCUUAAUUCAUCACCUGAGACCCCAAAACAUGGCAAAAGGUCGCAUUGACCUCCAGCACAGCAGCAGCUCGUGUUUCUUAAUUUCCCAUCCUGUUUUCAUGGAAUGGAGAUGGCUGGAUAUAAUUUUGACUUUGCUUUCCCUCCUUCACAUGUGCAACUGGGUAAUGCUGAGAUGCUUUCCAUGCCUGUCUCAACUGGACAUACACUGGGUGUAUUAACAGUGAAAUAUUGUGAAAUUCAGUGUAUGGGACUGAAAAACGAAACUCUUCACUAAAUCCUGACUCAUCUGGUGCCACAGGAACAAUGCAAUUUGGGACUGGAGGUGUUAAACGCAGUCUUGUUACUCUGAGUUAAUUUUAAACUCUGGUUUUGCCAGUGAGCUGUGUUCCAAUAGUUUAAAACUUGGGUUUUUUUGAUACCAGUCUGAUGCUAAACCAAGCUGCUGCCUCCCGUUGUCCUGGUGACUCCACCGUGGUGUGGACCUUGUGUUCAGUUACCAGUAAAAAAAAGUGAUUUUUUUUUUUUUGGUCAUGUGGAUUUUUUUACCUGAUGUUGAAUUUAUUUUUUUAAUGGUGUUUUUUUUCUCAUUAGAACUUGAAACUGUUAUUUCAUACACAAACUUCAAUAAAAUGGCUGAAACACA